AUGCCAAGUGAACAAAAACAACAUAACAAUGAACGUCCUAAUAUUGUAGAACUAUAUGAGAAGUUAGAUAGUUGGGCAACGGCUAUACAACAUAAUCCUACUUCGAUGAUUUCACAACAAUUUCGAGGCGCUAAUAGGGAAAGAUCCGUGUUCGAUAAUCGAACUAUUGAUUCUAUGGCAAUAUACAAGA